GUGAAAACGAUAACGUCACCCUCAGCUGGCCGUUUUCCAAUCAUUCCGAGCACCUCGCGCUUGACACAUCUGUUUUGCAGCUCGAAAACUCUUGCAAGGUUUUUUCCGGACAAAUUUUGUGCAAAUAAAUCCCCAAAAAAUGUCUGAGGUCGCUGCCAAGAUCCCGAAGCCGGUGCUGCGCGGACUGCAUAACGCGUCCAUCAAGCGCAACCUGAUCGUGUCCGGCGUGCUGUGCACGAUCUCCGUGAUCGCCGUCAAGCUGCUGUACGUGGACCCCAAGAAGCAGGCCUACGCCGACUUUUACAAGACGUACGACGCCAACAAGUCGUUCGAGCGCAUGAAGGCCGCCGGACUGCUGCAGUCCGUGAAGGAUUAAACUAGAUUCCGUUUUUUGGUGGGAGUCGAUAGUUUUGGGCCCUUCAUGUAUUGUGCAUAAUAUCUAAUGAAAAAAUAAAAUAAAACUGUACCCAAAAAAA